AUGUGUCUCCCAUCCAAGUGCAGCAGCUGCCAGAAGAAAACGUGGUGGGGUUGCGGAAACCACAUCCCCUCCGUCAUGGACCAGGUGCCGGAGUCUGAGCGAUGCACCUGCACGCCCAAGGUCAACGCUGAGGGCCAGGAAUAUCCUCCCAAGGGCGCCAAUCCCGCCUGA